AUGUUCUCCAUCCCUUUCAUAACAGCUUCUUCCAAACCAACGGUGGAAAAUUGGCAUCCAUUGCGUCCUCUUCACUAUGAAACACUCCUGAAUCUCCCGGAUGACUCUAACACAGAGUCUGCUGCUGCGACGGGAACCGAUUUCUACGACAGCAGUUUAACAAGUCGCACAUAUGCCACUGCUGGACUGGUGCUCUCAACUAUCAUCGGCUUCUGUUGCAUUAUUAUAGGGGUUGUCAUUAUAGCAAUUCACGGAGUUUCUGGGGUGAUUCCGUUGAUGAGACUCAGUGACACUGAACUACGCUCUUUCCUGCAGUUCGAGUUGUUGUCACUGAUACUAAAUGCUCUCGUUACAUUAUGCACCGAGUCCACUGGCUUUGUCCACAGCAUCUCGUUGCGCUCUGCGCUAGCCUCAGAGGGUCGGCUUCGUUUCAACACCAAUCUGCGCAUUCUGACCGCGGCUCGUGGAAGGAUAAACCCUAACGGUGCCCUACUUAAUGGUAUCAUGGCCCUACUUCUCAUUUUAUCCUACUCCUCAUCCUCACUUGUCGUGUCUUCCAACUUCUCAAAUACGGUAUCUAUUGCCAUCGCAGGGUUGCCUCUCCUCGUUUUGGGUGUCGCACUCCUUCUCCAGGGCGAUGAUGCAUGUCCUGUGAAGCCGUCAAAGACACAACCCUCUGCAUGGCGUGCUCACACCAGCAUCCGAAAAGUUGUCAUUUUUCUUUGGGUUGUUGUUGUAGCAUACGCUGGAUGGGCCGUACUCGUCUCCUGUGUCAGGAUCUCCUACCAUUCCUCACAAAUACACACAUGGUCGUUCUCGCAGCCACAAGAUAUUUCCAUCUUGUAUGGUCUUCCGGGUGCCGAUCUUCUAGUGUGGAUCCUGCUCUUUAUAAACAUCGCAGUUAUCCAGGGACCGUUGACAAUGGUGCUGCAUUGCUCAGAGCUCAUCGCGAACGUCAUUCGAGAUGAAAGCCAGUGGAGAUGCGCUACCAAGAAGAAAGGACUUAGACCGACGAUGAACCCGCUGAAGUCGAUUUUUUCUUAUCCAAUUUGUCUGAUACUCUUCGCCGUGAAGCCUUUCCUGCACUGGAUGUUUGGGCUUUCGAUCACCGUAAGCACCGACGCUGUUGAUGGGACACUGCAUGGUCAAUUACAGGUCCUCAUGUUUGAAGCCCAGAUCUGGAACUUAUAUAUAGCACUGUUUAUAUUUGCCUGUUUUUUUACCCUAAUCGCACUGCGCCGACCCCGCGGCCCCCAGCCAGCUGCAUACGGCCACCUCCAGACGCUCGCCAACCUCAUAGACUCGCCUUUGAGUCACGUAAUAUGGUGGGGCCACAAGGCGGACGGACCUGUUUGUCAUGCUGGGACGAGCGAUCAUGAGCUGCAGGAGGUCAAGAUGGACUGUGAUUACGCUGGUUCUAGUGUUGGGUCCGCCGCAUCUAUUUUCCCCAUUUGA